AUGAAAACUCCAAGAGUGGAAGAAAAAGUUAUUGAAGAAGCUUUGAACCAAACGGGUUUCGGCAAGUUCAAUUACAAAGUAUUAAUAGUUGCGAUAAUAAUAACAAUAAAUUCCGGAAUAAGUUUUGAAAAUAUAAGUCUGAUAAUGCCAGCAGCAAGUUGUGAUUACAAAAUGUCAACGAUUGCACAAGAUCAUAUUGCAACUAGUUCACUGUGUGGACUGGCACUCGGGACUUAUUUCUGGGCGUUGAUCGCAGAAAUUAAGGGUCGGAAGUUAAGUCUGAUUGUUGGAUUACUAUUAGACGGCGGCGCUAAUGUUAUUGCUUCUGUUAUUUCUAAUUACUAUGGAUUUAUUAUUUGUAAAUUUUUUAACGGCGUCGGUCAAGGUCCACAAUUUACAGUACUCUUUACUUACCUCGCGGAAUUUUCACCGGAAAAAUACCGAGACAAAUUACUUUCCUGGUUGGAGUUACCAGUUAUUUUAGGAGCAAUUAUAUGUGCAGGUAUCGGCUGGCUUAUAAUUCCAAUGGAAUUUACCUACAUAACUUCAAAUAUUUUUUUCUUCAACCCUUGGAACUUGUAUAACUUGGUUUGUUCAAUGGUAGCGCUUUUAUCAGCAUUUUUGGUGACAUUUCUGCCAGAAACUCCAAAGUAUCUCGCGGAAACUGGACAGUAUACAAAAUUGAUGGACGUCCUUUCACGAAUGUUCAGAGAAAAUACUGGAGGAACAGAUAAGGAAUACAUCGAACGCUUGAAAAAAUUGCAACUCCCAGAGGUUAAUGACUUGCUAGUAAAAGUAAAAUCAUCGACGAACGAAUGCAAAGAUAAAUCAAGUUUCGUAAAAUCGUUCCUCAAGUUCAUUAAGCAAGUAAAAGAAAUAAUGAAGCCACCUUAUCUGAAUAGAACAUUAAUUGUCUGUGUAGCAAUGUAUGGAACUACGUACUCUAUUUUUGUAGUUAUGUUGUGGACUCCAGAAAUUUUUGACAGGUUUGCAAUCUUUGAAGAAAAAUAUCCGAAUAUGAGUGCAAGUAUUUGCGUUAUUUCAGAAAAACUUUAUUCAAAAGAUGCAACACAGGAUAAUGUUUUCAACCCUGAAAACUGUCCGUCUAAAUUAGACUCGACUGUUUUCUCACACACUAUAAUAUUAAGCCUCGCAGCUCUUCCAGGUGGAUUAUGGUUACCCCUGUUCAUUGACAAGUUUGGAUACAAAUUCAACUUUAUUCUAGCUUCAGUGAUGUCUUGUUUAUUGUAUAUAGGACUAUUAUUUGUCCGAAAUUCAUCCCAAAAUCUUAUCCUUACAUGUCUGAUCGACGCACUGUCAUUUGGAGAUAGUGUUAUUUAUUAUAUGCUAGUCAAUUUAUAUCCAACGCAUCUCAGGGUUAUUGCGGCGAAUUUGGUUGCUUUUGUUGGACAUGUUGGAGGAAUGCUAAGCAUUAUUGUGGUUGGCUAUUUAAUAGAUGAUUAUUGCGUACUGCUAAUCGUAAUGAUAAGUGUCCAUGUUGGAGUGGCCGCUGUUUUUGGAUUUUUUAUUCCCAAAGGUCUACCGACAUAA